CUCCGUCCCCCUGCGCGCCGGCCCGGCGGGCGGGCGGGGCCGGGGCCGCCCCGAGGCGUGCGGGACCCGAGGCUCGCCAUGUCCGGGAAGCGGAAGCGCGUGGUGUUGACCAUUAAGGACAAGCUGGACAUCAUCAAGAAACUGGAGGACGGGGGCUCGUCCAAGCAGCUGGCCGUGGUCUACGGGAUCGGCGAAACCACCGUCCGCGACAUCCGGAAGAACAAGGAGAAGAUCAUCACCUACGCCAGCAGCUCCGACUCCACCAGCCUCCUGGCCAAGAGGAAGGCCAUGAAGCCGUCCAUGUACGAGGAGCUGGACCGCGCCAUGCUCGAGUGGUUCAACCAGCAGAGGGCCAGAGGGAACCCCGUGUCCGGACCCACUUGUGCCAAAAGGGCCGAGUUCUUCUUCUACGCCUUGGGAAUGGACGGCGACUUUAACCCUUCUGCCGGCUGGCUGACCCGGUUCAAGCAGCGGCACAGCAUCCGAGAGAUCAACGUGAGAAGUGAAAGGUUAACCGGGGAUGAAGCUGCCGUGGAAGACUUCUGUAACGGCUUCCGGGAUUUCGUGGAGCGAGAGAAUUUGCAGCCGGAACAAAUCUACCAUGCAGACGAGACGGGGCUGUUUUGGAAGUGCCUCCCCGCCAGGACUUCAGUCAUCAAAGGUCAGUGCGCUGUCCCAAGGCACAGGUCAUUGGAAGAAAGAGUCACUGUCAUGUGUUGUGCCAACGCGACAGGUCUGCACAAACUGAAACUUUGUGUGGUGGGCAGGGCGAAGAAACCUCGCUCUUUCAAGUCAACUGAUACCGUAAACCUGCCCGUCUCAUACUUCAGCCAAAGAGGGGCGUGGAUGGACCUUUCCAUUUUCCGACAGUGGUUUGAUAGGAUUUUUGUGCCACAGGUUCGAGAGUAUUUAAGAUCCAAAGGCUUGCAGGAAAAGGCUGUGCUGCUGUUGGAUAAUUCGCCAACACAUCCAAAUGAAAAUGUCCUGAGGUCAGACGAUGGCCAAAUAUUUGCUAAGUAUUUGCCACCCAAUGUUGCUCCCCUGAUUCAGCCUCUGGGUCAGGGGGUCAUAGCAGCCCUCAAGAGAAACUAUCGGGCAGGCCUUCUGCAGAACAACCUGGAAGAAGGCAAUGACCUGAAAUCUUUCUGGAAGAAACUAACCCUGCUGGAUGCACUUUAUGAAGUAGCUAUGGCGUGGAACUUAGUGAAGCCGGUUACCAUUAGCCGAGCUUGGAAUCAGAUUCUCCCCACCACAGAGGAGAAGGAAGGAUUGGAUUUUGAGGAAGAAGAUAUUUCUGUGGCUACUGUGGCCACCCUUUUACAGCACACCAGAGGACUGGAAAGCCCCACUGCUGAGAACAUUGAAGGAUGGCUUGAAGUGGACAGUACUGAGCCAGGUUAUGAGGUGUUAACCGACAGUGAAAUCAUCAAACGAGCACAAGGCCAGACAGACGAAUCCAGUGAAAAUGAGGAGGAGGACGCCGAACUGGUUCCGGAGAAACAUAUAGAUCAUGCCGCUGCCCUCCAGUGGACUGAAAAUUUAUUAGAUUAUCUAGAACAACAAGGUGAUAUGAUUCUACCUGAUAGGCUGGUCAUACGUAAACUUCGAGCCACCAUCAGAAAUAAACAGAAGAAGAUGACAAACUCGAGUCAGUAAUGACAUUUCAAUUUCAUUAUUGUUCUAUAUAACUGGUAUUUGGGACACUUAGUCACUGAACAGUGUACUUUUUUUUCCCUUUGUGUGGUAAGUUUCCACAAUGGUCCUGUGAAAUGUACCUGAAGUGGUUUGAGCGUUACCGGUUUCCUAAUGGGUUUUGUCCCUUUAUUUGUGCAGGUGGUCAGAAGCUGAUCUGUAUAGAUGUAAAUUACAUGUCUGUCUGUCCAUUUUUAUAAAUCAGCAGUCAUCACUCUGAAACAGUGACAUUCCCCAGAUUCUCUGGCAAAAGUUAGAGAUGCCCGCAUGCUGGCGGCUCUCUGCCGUUGGAAUCCCAGCUACCCAGAAGGCUGCCACCAUCUAAUGAGACUGUAGUUUCAAGCCAGCCCAGGCAGAAUAGUCCAAGAGACUGUAUUUCUACUUAACCAGCAGACAGACUGGAUUGGAAGUGUGGCUUAAUUGGCAGAGUGCCAGAUGUGAGCAGAAAAACCAAAUGAGAGAAUGAAGCCCUGGGUUCAAGUCUGCUGUACCAGCACCAAAACACACACACACACAGCCAGCAGAUUGAGCACUUUCCUGAAAUCUUUUGCUUUAAUUGUGAAGGCUGCUACAGCGAUCUUUUCUUAUGCUAAUCUUAAACGGUUGUUUUGUGUCUGUAGGCUGACAAGAUUGGAAAGAUCUAUAUUGUUAGAUUUUAAAAUGACCAUAAUAAUUAAAAAUGAGGUUACAGUCUGAAUUGUUAAAUAAUUUUAGAAAUCAUACUUCCAUUUUCUUAUAUUUGUAUGGGUGGCAAGGAGUGGAGAUCAUUUUGAGAAUGAAGUAUAUCAAUUAAAAAAUUAGAGACAAUUGGAAAGCUGAUAUGUAAUAGGUAUUCUGGAGACAGUAGUAGACAGUAAGAGAGUUAUUCUGAGAGCUUUUACGUUUAUAUUAAUUGUAUGAAUAGGUUUGUUUUAAUUUGGCCUUAUGAAAAAUUGGGUAAUAGUAUAGGAUUAUUUAUUCAUCUGAUGAUAACAUAGGUUCUGUAAUGUUACAUGUAAGGAUGUGAACUCCCACUUAUAUUUGGGAACAUCUUGGGACUUUGAAAGGUACUAAGUUUUUUUUUAAUUUACUGAAUAUUUGGACAAUCUAUAAUUUGAAACAUUUUGUCAUGCCGACUGUUUUACUUGAUAUGAAAAGGAGAAACAAGGUGUUUAUUAUUUUAAAUCAUCCUGUGUUUGUGUCCUGACUGGCAAGUGCUAGAGAGAAGGAAAUUAUAUUGUUUAUUGCUCUGACACUUCUUUUUUUUUUUUUUUU